GUUUAUUUUAAAAUUCGCCACCAGUAAGACGUUUCCCGACAGCAAUGAAAGUUAUUUCGAUUAUCCUGCUACUGGCAGGAUUUUCUACCGUACAACUGUUCGAUUACAACAACGAAGGGAACUCUAUUGAUUUUUGUGGGCCAGAAUGCUUUGAGAAGCUGAAGCCCCUGCUCGACACUGUAGUGGCUUUGAAGCAACGUUGCGAUGAGUAUGGUGCACAGAUCGAGACAUUGAACCAACAGUUAGUGGAACUUCGCGGUAUGAUGGAGCUGCAGGGCAAAGACGAUCUCUUUGCCGAGCUGAAAAGCGACCCAUUGCCCCAGGACACCCCAACUGAAGAAGAGCCCACUCCCAUCAGUUCCACCACUCCCACCAGUUCCACCACUCCCAGAUGUUCCACUAGCCCCACGUAUGCUUCACUACCCACUAAGUGUGCGUCCUACGAGGAGUCCGGAAUACACCAAAUCCAAGUUCCCGGCAGCGAGCCGUUCCCAGUGUACUGCGAAAUGGUGGAGAUGGACGAACCCGCCUGGAUUGUUGUACUGAAGCGCACCAAUGGAGAGCAGCAGGACUUUUACAGAAACUGGACCAGCUAUCGCAAUGGCUUCGGGGACCUGACCGACGAUCAUUUUUUGGGCCUCGAAAAUUUGCACAGUCUGACAAGAUCCGUGCCCUACGAGCUGCUCAUACAGCUCGAAGAUUUCAGUGGCAACGAACGAUAUGCUCUGUACAGUAAUCUACGGAUUGGCAAUGAGCAUGAGAAAUAUAAACUGAGAUCGUUGGGCGAGUACUCAGGCAAUGCCGGGGAGGCAAUGAGCUACCAUCUGAACAAUGAGUUCACAACCUACGAUAGGGACAACGAUGGAUGGGGCAAAGGGAGCUGUGCCAGUUACUAUGGGGGAGCCUGGUGGUAUGGCUGGGACGCCAAUAGCAAUCUGAUGGGUCGGUACAAAGAUGGGCCACAAAACGACUGGACCGGCAUCUGGUGGUUCCCCUGGAAGAGUUAUACUUCGCUAAAGUCGGUCAAAAUGAUGAUUCGUCCGGCAUACUACACUUUGAUGCAGGACUAACAAAUCGAAGUGCUCCUAAUUUGUAAAAGAAACAAUCGAAUCAACGAAUAAAUAUACGUAUGUAUUUUGUUCGUGCUGAAACCUUCUGUGUCAGCGUUGAACAAUUUCCCCCCAUUGA